AUGGAUAUUACCAAACUCUUUGAUGUCAAGGGGAAAGUCGUGCUCGUCACCGGGGGUGCCAAAGGCAUCGGAAGGAUGAUCUCAGAAGGCUACGUUGCCAACGGCGCCAAGGUCUACAUCUCGUCCAGGGACGCGGCCUCGUGCGAAAAGGUUGCUGCAGAGCUCACGGCCAAGGGGCCCGGGUCCGCCGUGGCGCUGCCCGCCAACCUGCAGUCCCUCGACGAGUGCACCAAGCUGGCGUCUGACCUGGCGGCACGCGAGCCUCGGCUCCACGUCCUCGUCAACAACUCCGGGGCCACCUGGGGCGCAUCCCUCGAGGACCACCCGGACCACGCAUGGACCAAGCUCCUGACGUUGAACCUGCAGCGCGUCUUCACGCUCACGCAGAAGCUGCUGCCGCUGCUGGAGAAGGCGGCCACCCCGGCGGAUCCGGCGCGCGUCAUCAACAUCGGGUCCAUCGACGCCCUGCGCGUGCCCGUGCUGGCCAACUUUGCCUACGCUGCCAGCAAGGCCGGUCUGCACCACCUGAGCCGCACGCUGGCCCUCGAGCUGGGCAAGAGGCACAUCACCAGCAAUACGCUCGCCUGCGGGCCGUUCCCCAGCAAGAUGAUGGCGGCGACGCUGGAUGCGGCCGGAGAUGCCAUCAAGGAGGCUUCGCCUCUGGGCAGGAUCGGGCAGCCCGAGGACGUUGCCGGUGCAUGUCUUUGGCUGUCGAGCCAAGCUGGAGCAUUUGUCAAUGGAGCCACAAUCCCGCUCGAUGGAGGGAUUUCUUUGGUAUCCAAAAUAUGA